UUUCCCCCUUUGAUAAGAUUUGUUUCCUCGCGGAGGAGCUGAGCCCGGUAAUGCGCACACAUUUGUUUGGGACUGUGUGAACGGUCCCAUUAACACUGUUUAAUUUAAUGAGAGAGUUUGAAAAUAUCGCAGUCCUGGUGUGGAAGCGGCGUUGUGCUGGAAUAAAAAGACAAAGGCCGGGAUCUUUAAAUUCGGGAGCCUAAAUUUAGGCUCCUGAAUCCAUAUUCAGGCACCUGGGUAAGUGGCCUAUUAUCAAAAGUUCUGGGCACUCAGAACUGAAAUCCAGCGAUGCCUGCUCGGGACUUGUAAAAACCAGGAUUCUUAUUCAGGAUAAGGCUCAAGGAGGCAAACUUUAGGAUGGUAUUUUUAAAAAUCAUGUCUCAUGCAUUACGUCCGAACGACAGAGUCUGGAGGUUCCGCCUGGAGGGAGCGCGCAAAGGGGAAAUCGGUGCAAAAUGGACUAAAGCCGCUGCUGAAACGUCCCCAUUUGCACUUUUCGCCUGACAGGCUGCAGAAGAACGUCCGUGUUUUGCUCCAGGUUGUUCCAUUCUCCCAGAGAGCAGGAAAAGGGAAUGGCUGCAGCAAAGGCAGUGACCUUCGAGGAGGUGGCUGUGUAUUUCACCGCGGAAGAGUGGGCUCUGCUGGACCCCACUCAGAGAGCCCUCUACAGGGACGUCAUGUGGGAGAAUUAUGAGAAUGUGACCUGGCUGGGAUUCCCCAUCCCUAAACCUGACCUGAUCUCCCACAUGGAGCGAGGGGAACAGCUGUGGGUGCACCAAGCAGCAGGUGAUGGGACAGCCAGUGAGAACGAGGAAGAGAAUCCCCAGCAGGGAGGCCCUGAGUUGGCAGAACCACACGGGAUGUUCUCGGGAAGGUCCCAGGGGAACGUUUGCCAGGGAGAGGCUAGCGAGAGUCAGGGCAGGUCAGAGGAGCAGUGGGGAAACCUGCCCGGGGAGAGAGAGGGUAAAUCCUCUCCUGAAGAGGGAUGUUUCAAGAAACUCAAACAGCUCCUGGACCUUAAGGGGAAGCAGAAAAGAUGGACGGGAAAAGCAGGCGCUGAAUGUGGGCAGGGCUCAGGAGAGAUGCUCCGUCUGGGAACCCACCUGGAAGAGGCAUCCCAUAGAUGCGGGGAAAGCCCCCAGCAGAACUCGAUGCCGCCACAACAUCAGAGCGCAGCCCUCACCAUCCAGCAGAGAAUCUGCUCAGAGCAGAAACUCUGCCUGUGCCCCGACUGCGGGAGAAGCUUUGUUCGGAGGUCGACCCUCAUGGCACAUCAGAGGCUCCACACGGGAGAGAGGCCCUACAAAUGCCCUGACCUGCAGAGGAAACCUUUCCCGCAUCCAGAAUCCAGGAAACACUUUGCCGAGAGCUCGGUCCGGACGAAGCACCGGCGAUUCCACCCGGGAGAGAGUCCCUAUGCGUGCCUGGACUGCGGGAAAGGAUUCAGCCUACGCUUCAACCUUGCGAUGCACCGGAGGGUCCACACGGGCAAGCGCCCCUUUUUGUGUCCUGACUGUGGAAUGGGCUUUAACCGGAGAGCCAAGCUCACUGUGCAUCAGAGGGCCCAUGAGGGGGUGCGACCCGACUGCGGGAAAAGCUUCGGCCGGCAGGCACCUCUGGAGCAGCCCGGGAGAGCCCAUUGCAGGGAAAAGCCGCGUGUCUGCACCAGCUCUGGGAAAAGAUUCAUCGACGCCUUGGCCCUGAUCGAGCACCAGCGGGGCCACACGGGAGAGAGGCCCGAUAAACACCAUGAGGGCGGGAAAAGCUCCGACCUGGCCCAGCGCUCUCCGGCCCCAGAGGAGGGGCCACGCUGCAAAAGCACAGCCCUGCCAAAACACCGGGCAGCGGAGAGACCCUACCGCUGCCUCGACUGCGGCAGGACCUUCAGCAGACGCGCCAACCUGCUCUCCCACCGGUGUGGCCACACGGACGAGCAGCCCUACAGGUGCUCGUACUGCGGGAAGAGCUUCAGCCUACGUUUCAACCUUGCGAUGCAUAGGAGAGUCCAUGCUGGCAAGCGACGCAAUACAGGCCCCAACUGAGGCAGCGGCUUCAACCAGAGAUCUGACCUCAUGGUGCACUGGAGACUCCACGUCAAUCAGUCUUCAGAAGAGCAGGUUGGAAAAUAGGGUUUUCUUUUGGGGUUUUUUUCCACCUCCAUGGAAAAUUUUAACUUUUCGGGGAAAUUUCUAAUGCCAAAACAUUUUGGCCAACAAUGGAAAUCUUUGCUGUGGUGCCUCAUCAGAGUUGUAGUUCACGCAUGCUCCCAUUCUCCUCUCUAGGCCUGCCUCCCUGGUCAGCCUGCCUCGCCCAUGAUACACCACAGUCUCCCCUCUUGAUUUCAAUGGGACUUAGGCACUUCUCUGUGUUAUAUUCUGGCAUACACGCCGAGACGUUCAAUAAAAGCAUAAAUCUUCUCAGUGGAAGGUUGCCGUGUAACACAACUUCAUUUUGAAGAAUUCAGUACGGCUCACACACAACAAACCAAAAACAGAGAGAGACAAAGCAGGCUGCUCUCUGAGACAGAGAGGAACAACUCACCCUUGCACUAAGCUGGCUUUCUCCGGCCUGACUCUCACUGCAAGCUUCCCUAGAGCCCCUAGCCUGCUCGCAGGACCAGAAACCCCCACCACACCUGAAGUGCUAGCUUGCCCUCCCAACGCAGUCCUUGAUGCACCACAAUCUGUAUCUUGAGGUCCUUAGUGGCUGACAGUCAAAGAGCUUACAGAUCAAAAGACAAGGGGUACCAGGUGGACGAGGCAAACCAGCAGGUUGGAUGGGAGGUGGGGAAAUCUAAUGGGAUGUGCACGGUCCUCAGCCAGCUGGGAGCAGAGCUCACAGCUGCAAGGCUGCAUUCGCCUGUCUCCACCACGGCAGAGGAGAGGCGUGAGCCAGGGCGAGCUGGUGGCUUU